AUGUCCGAGCUAAGAAGGCACUCGGAGUCUGGGACGUCCUCCACAACACAGCAGAUGUCGUUGGGCUCUCCCACAGACAAAGGCUUUCAAAUCUCCCAUGAGGAGCACUAUACGCCCCCUGCUGUUGUUGAGAUCUUUGUGCCGCCCAACUGGUGGUGGAAAUACCGACAAAUCAUUCGCGAAGCUGCUGCAGAGUUCACUGGCGUGGCGAUCCUCGUCAUCUUUGGAACGGGGGCGACAUGUCAAGUCGUGCUUUCGACGCUUCCUGCUGUCGCGUCUUCUCAAAGAGGAGACUAUCUUUCGAUAUCGUUGGGAUGGGGAAUAGGAAUAGCCAUGGGUGUGUGGAUCUCGGCAGGAAUUUCUGGCGGACACAUAAAUCCCGCAGUCACUUUGGCUUUGGCUACGUGGCGCGGAUUUCCCUGGAGAAAAGUUCCAGUCUAUAUCUUCUCUCAAAUUUUGGGUGGCGUAGUCGGCGCCGCGUUAACAUAUGGCAAUUAUGUCCACGCAAUCGACACCUUCGAAGGAGGCCGCAACAUUCGGACACUGAAAACAGCUGGCUUAUUCGCCACCUACGCCCUCGAUUACAUGACACAGGCCGCAUGCUUUUUCUCGGAAUUCCUGGCCACCGCGAUACUCAUGAUACUGAUCCUCGCCGCCACCGACAAGCACAAUGCACCCCCGCCAUCUGGGCUGCUUCCCCUCGUCUUGUUCAUCCUCGUGGUCGGCAUCGGCUCGAGCCUGGGAAUGGAGACUGGCUUCGCCAUCAACCCUGCGCGGGAUUUUGGCCCGCGUUUACUUACCAGCAUGGUCGGCUAUGGCUCUGCCGUCUACUCCUUCAGAAACCAAUACUGGCUGUGGUGCCCAAUUAUUGCGACGAUCCUCGGCGCCCAAGCGGGCGCCUUGUACUAUGACAUAUUUUUAUUCAACGGCCCGGAAAGCAGAAUUAAUGCCCCCAAUGUGGCGGCGCAAACCCGAAUCCUUGCAAAUCAACAACAAGUCGUUUAA